CGGUGAGUGCCUAAUGUGCCACCGUACACAAGAGCUCACCGCAGUAAUCCCGCUCCUGGUCAGCAGCGGACUAGCUCAGCGACCUCCUGCUGAAAUGAGCCUAGCGACUUCAACCACGAUCAUAGGAAGGCCGAUGUUGUUCGCUCUUAUUAAAUUAAAGCCUCAGUAAAAUUUGGACUCUCCCAUUUUACACGACCAGCUCCUGCUUUGGCUUCGUUUGGCGAAGUAGUUGUGAGGAGCCUCGAGGAGAGAAAGGUUAUAGCGCUGAAGACCAUCGCCGGGGCUGCUCGGCUCUAGAUU